AUGCAGCAGCUGCGAGUGGAGACAGAUGCCAUCGGGGCCGGCGAGGGGCCACAGCGUGCAGUGCCCUGGUCGACCUGGGUCACACGGGAUGUCUGGGUGCGCUGGUGCAUGUGCCACAUGCCCCCUCGCUUGACCCAGUGGUGGACCACAUCGGGCUGGCGGCAACCGCUGCAGCGUGUGCUGUGGGGUCUGGAGGGGAUCCUCUACCUGCUGCUGGCACUGAUGCUGUGCCACGCGCUCUUCACCACCGGCUCCCACCUACUGAGCUCCUUGUGGCCCGUGGUGGCUGCAGUGUGGCGCCAUCUGCUACCGGCUGUCCUGCUGCUGGUGCUCAGUGCCCUCCCCGCCCUGCUCUUCAUGGCCUCCUUCCUGCUGCUUUUCUCCACACUGCUGAGCCUCGUGGGCCUCCUCACCUCCAUGUCUCACCCAGGCCACGCUGAGGACUUGGACCAAUAG